AUGCGUCGCCCUCACCACACCGCGGCGUCUCUUUCGCCAGAGGACAAUGGAGCGAAGCUUGACAGUCUCCUGGACGGUGACUGGUCGCCCGUCCCCCUCUCCACCAUGCCUUCCAUCCAUUUCUCCGAAUAUUCUCAUCCCACUAACGGUGACUGGUCGAAUGGCGUUUCAAACGUCGGCGACAGUUGCAAUCCUCUCACCCCACAGGACAUGGUUCAAAAUAGACUGUCUUGCCCGCGAGUUCGUGAUGCGGGUGGGGGAGAUGCGGCGAGUGUAAACAACGGCGGUAUACACACGAUGCCUCCGACGGAGUCUUUCACGCCCACGGAAAGAGGACCGGCCUUCUCCGUCACGCGCCUUUCAGGACGGAGAUCCACUCGCAGUCGGAUGCGGGCUCCGCGAGUAAUACAGCCGGAAGUGCCGCUGCAGUCACAGAUUGUGAAGGAGCCACCGUCAACAAGGGUGAAGAACAGACUGGAGGAGUCUGGACCCGUAUCGAGGCUGUUGUUCAGUCCUGUGCUGGAGAAGGAAAGGAAUGUAAAGGCAACAUCGUCAGAAAAGCCAACAGAAGAAGAUAUGAGGGAGUCUUGGGAGACCCACUCUUUUCCUGUAUCAGACCUUUCCCAGCACCAGGAACCAUCGUCUCUCUCUUCCAUUGCUGGAA